UGAUAGUGAACAUCGUGGCGUGUCCCAGCGAAGUUACCCGUGCAAGCGUCAUAGUUAGCGAACUUUCAGAUUCUCGUUACUGUUCUUUUCAAGAGAAUAGCGUACGACUCCAGAAUCACAGGCUAGCCUUAGAUACAUUAGCCUAAAGAGCCAUAUAACCAAUAGGACUCUGUUGUUUCUGUGAAUAGACGAAUCAACAAGUCUGCCUCUACUACAUCUACAGCGAUCUUGUUGUUGAAACCGCCAGGGUCGUCGUUUUAUUCGUCCUGGUAUUUGCUUUUCCUCGGAUCACCGCCACUAUUAUUCCGAGCCACGAGCCAUACACCAUAAUACGAUACUGAGAAUCUAUCACAGUAUACUGUACUAUCGUAGCUAUUUGUCUGACAUACUAUUAUAGUUACCAGUCCAUCAUAACGUAUCAUUCUGCUAUAGACUAUUCCAUUAUUGCCGAUUCUACUAGUAUACUAUAUUAGUUUGAUAUGCCUUCGGAAACCAUAUGGUCCAGCGGCACCGGCUCGCCCAUCCAGGCCAGCUCGAGCCAAUCACAGUACCGUAGCGUUCUCGAUCUGGUUGAUCCUGAAGUAGCAAAAUUGUUGUCGUCUUCUAACGAAAGGCGUUUCUCUUUCAACGACGGCAGUGACAUCGACUCAGGCAUCUUUGGCUUGAAACGCGGCUCAUUCUCCGCCAUCACGGCUCCUGUUGGUGGAGUUUCUGGUUACCAUAACGGUGCCAAUUCUGUAGGAGGAGGGGCUUCUGGCCAGAGAAUCAACUUUGGAACUGCUUCUAUCUCAGGUGGAAUUGCUUCUAGACAUCCUCCACAAGAUAGUUUUCUCCAGAAAUUCUCAUCUGUAGCUGAUGCCACCCGUGAAAUAGAGCUUUCUAAUGGUCUCUCGAAGAUAUCUCUUGAUAGCCAUGGCCAUUCUGGUAACUCCAGAAGAACCAGUUUCAACAACCAGGCUGGAUCCCAGAACGAGCCAAUCAAACAGUUGUCUGAAAUUGGUGUUUUGAGCUCUCCUCAUGGUUCUUUGAAUGAAAAUUUAAACAUGCCUGCUCCCAGAUCUUCAAGACACCAAUCAAUUUCAGAGAAAAUCGACCAGUACAACAACACUUCUCCUAUCCAGGCUAGUGCUGCUUUGCUGAUCAACUCCGAUUUGAACCUGAAUCAAGAUCACCAAUCAGUAAACCAACAGCAGCCUUCUAACGUUCCUCACAACUUCUGGAAUCCGGCAACUGCUACAUCGUUUACACCUGAUUCUUCGUACAACUACUUCAUGGACGGCUCCAGCCUUCCAGGAGGAGUUCUUGUACCUCCACCAGGACCACCUCAGAACUUCAAUCCGUAUGGGGGACGCAGCGGAAACAUCCCACCGAUCUCUCCCCCUCCAUUCAUGAUUCCGCUGCCUCCACCGCAGUUCAUGGAUCCAGGCUUGUACAAUAUGAUGAACUUCCCUCCUGCCAACAAUGUAAGCAAUGCAGAAUCCGAGUUGGCCAAGGAAAUUACUGCAGCUUCUCAAUCUUCUUCUUCAUCUGCUCCAAAUGCUGCCAGUGAUUCUGAAGAAAAGCUUGAAGAGCACAAGGAAUCUGGGAGUGGAAGAAACGUACAUACACCAGGAAUCGGCAUUUUGGGACGCCAACAGAUCCCCCUGGCUCAAUUUAUGUUUCACGGCUUCAAUCCAUACAUGUACCAACAAUCACCCCCUCCUAUGGGAAUUACUCCUCUUUCCCCAAAUCAACAUCCUUCCGAGAGCUCGAUGUUUGUAGAAGGCAUUCCUCCUCCUCCUGCUCCUCCAGCAGCUGCAAAGGAUUCGGCACCAACUCCUCCGGCUUCCUCUGGUAAGCGUGGAAGAAAUGGCGCUAAGAACUCGAACGCUGGUAAGGGUGGAAACCACAUCUACAGAUCUCCUUUACUAGAAGAAGUCCGUUCCAAUGCCAAAGGUAAGGAGUACUACUUGAAGGAUAUCUAUGGUCAUGCCGUUGAAUUCACCAAAGAUCAACAUGGCUCCAGAUUCAUUCAACAGAAGUUACCCGAUGCCAGCGAUGAGGAGAAGGAAGUGAUUUUCAACGAGAUCAGAGACAUUUCAUACGACUUGAUGACAGAUGUAUUUGGCAACUACGUAAUACAGAAGUACUUUGAACAUGGCUCUACGACACAGAAGAAGGUCUUGUUGGAUUACAUGAUUGGUCAUAUCUAUGAGUUGUCGUUGCAGAUGUACGGAUGUAGAGUGGUUCAGAGAGCUUUGGAAGCAAUUGACCUCGAUGGUCAGAUCAAGAUCAUCGAAGAGUUGAGAGACUACAUUUUAAUCUGCGCAAAAGACCAGAAUGGUAACCAUGUUAUUCAAAAGUCGAUUGAAAGAAUCCCUUUCGAUAGAAUAAGAUUCAUCUUGGACAGCUUGGAUAACCAGAUCUACCAUUUAUCGACUCAUCCAUAUGGAUGCCGUGUGAUCCAGAGAUUGUUGGAAUACUCCAAUGUUGAGGAUCAACAGGUGAUUUUGCAAGAACUCAACAGGUUCAUCUUCUACUUGAUCCAGGACCAGUACGGUAACUAUGUGAUGCAACACAUCUUGGAAAGGGGAGAACCAGAUGACCGCGAGGCUAUCUUGAAGGUUGUUCUAGGCUCUGUAGUAAACUUCUCCAAGCACAAGUUCGCCUCUAAUGUAAUUGAGAAGUGUAUCAAGUAUGGUACUUUGAGCCAGAGAAAGAGAAUUCUUCGUGAAGUGAUGCUUGGAAACGAGGACUUCAAUGUAGAGUUGGUUAGCGACGAAUCGCCUUUGGCUUUGAUGAUGAAGGAUCAGUACGCUAACUAUGUGAUCCAGAAGUUAGUGGAAGGAUUCGAUGCCAAUAGUGAAGAAAAGAGAAUCUUGGUUGUCAAGUUGAGACAAUACUUGAAGCAGAUUUCUUCAAAGAAUACGUAUGGUAAACAUCUUGCCUCUGUCGAAAAGAUGAUCAUUGUUGCUGAGACCGCUCUUAUCGAAGCCGAAAACAACUAGCUUCAAACUUGCUGUCAACUUGUAUUAUAGUUUGAUGGCUAUAAUUUGUCAACUACUACUUUUUUUUGUGAACCAAGACGAUACUAAAAUUCCUACUUAUUUUUCCAUCCAUUAAUUAUUGCUACAGUGUAAAUACCGAGCUCCCUCUGUAAAUGUCCUUUUCAACCUAUAAAUAUUAAACUCUCACGUCACUGUCUGUGUAUAGCCUUUUGAUUUACUUUCUUAUAUAGUCUCUUUGUUGCUGAAAACAUAAAAAGCACCGAAUUUUCGUCUUGCUCAUUUUGUAUAUAUGGAACUUUUACUUGUUAGAUAUACGAAAACUUGCUUUUUC